AUGCACUGGGAGGCGGUAAAGUGGAUCCUUAGGUACCUGAGAGGUACUAAGGACCGAGCAUUGGUAUUUGACAGGGGUACCCUUACCCUGUCUGGGUUUGUCGAUGCUAAUUUUGCAGGAAGUGAUCAUGACAAGAGGAGGAGUACUACUGGGUACGUGUUCACUUACGGUGGGACGGCCGUAUCCUGGAUUUCAAAGCUACAGAAGAUAGUCACAUUGUCAACAACGGAAGCUGAGUACGUGGCAGUGACGGAGGCAGCCAAGGAGCUCGUUUGGCUGCAAAACUUUCUAAAUGAACUUGGGAGACCUCAAGAGGAUUUGGCUCUAUACAGCGAUAGCCAGAGUGCAAUCCAUCUGGCAAAGAACCCCGCGUUUCACUCGCGAACGAAGCACAUCGAAGUUAAGUAUCAUUUCAUCCGGCAACUUCUAGAGAAGAAGAUGUUGCAGCUGAAAAAG